UAGAUUGAUCUGUCACGAAAAAUUAAGAUCAGUGGAAAAUGUAGACAAAAUGUCCUCUUUACUGUUGAAUUCAAAGAAACCCGUAGUGCAGUUUGAGAACAAAUGGCAUGAGCUUAAGCCCACAGUUAAUAAACUUUUGAAACAACAAGCCGUCACAACGCAAGAAUGGCAGAAUCUCUUCUGGGAUGUACACAAAGUAUGUAACUGGGAUGAAAAGGGACCCCAAAAAGUAUACAAAGCUUUGAAAGAUGAAGUCACCAACUUUAUUAAACAAGUACAAGAGCGUGUUUUGAAGCAUGAAGAUGACUCCACUUUGUUACGUGCCUAUAUUAGCGAGUGGUCUAAGUUCUUCACUCAGUGUAACUAUCUCCCUAAACCUUUUGGCACUUUGGAAUCAAACUUACAAGGAAAAGCUGGUGGAGGGGCAAGCAAAAGGCCUCUCACUGAUGGGAUAACAGUUCAAAAGUUGAUGCUGGAUAGUUGGAAUGAAGGUAUAUUCUCUACAAUAAAAUCAAGAUUGCAGUCAAGUGCCAUGAAACUGGUUCAUGCAGAGAGGAAUGGAGAAGCUUUUGACUCUCAGCUUGUCAUUGGCGUUAGAGAAUCAUAUGUUAAUCUCAGUUCAGAAAUUCUGGACAAGCUGAAAAUAUACAGAGAGAAUUUUGAGAAAGCAUACCUGGAGGCGACAGAGGAAUUCUACAAAACUCAAGCUGCUGCAUAUCUUCAGGGAAAUGGAGUACAAAAUUACAUGAAAUAUGCUGAAAUGAAGUUAAAAGAAGAAGAGCAAAGAGCUGUCCGAUACCUUGAAACAAGGAAGGGCUGUGAUUCAGUGUCAGUGCUUACAGAGCGUUGUGUGAGUGUCCUGGUUGGAAGUUUUAAGGAGACUAUAUUAGCUGAGUGCCCUGGAAUGAUUGCUACUAACGAGACAGAGAAACUUCUUCUAAUGUUCCAGUUGAUGGAUCGUGUGCGAGGAGGAGUAGAUCCUAUGAUAGCCAAUUUGGAGUCUUAUAUCGUCACUACAGGUCUUGAUGAUAUGAAAGCCUGCGCUGACACUAUUACAUCUGAUUCUGAGAAAUAUGUUGAAGAGCUGCUCACAUUGUUCAAUAGAUUCAGUAAGCUUGUUAAAGAAGCUUUCAAUGAUGAUCCACGGUUCCUCACAGCAAGAGAUAAGGCAUUCAAGACAGUUGUGAAUGACAGUACAAUUUUCAAGUUGGAACUCCCCAACAAGAACAAAGCGGGUGGAAGUGGUGGUUUGAAUGUCAAGACGCAGCCUGAGUCUCGAUGUCCAGAGUUGCUGGCCAAUUUCUGCGACAUGUUGCUUAGGAAAACGCCCUAUAGCAAAAAGCUAACUUCUGAUGACAUCCAAGCAAAGCUGAAAGAUGUUUUGUUGGUUCUUAAGUACGUGAUCAACAAAGAUGUUUUCAUGAGGUACCACAAAGCACACUUGACUCGGCGAUUGAUCCUGGAUACAUCAGCAGACACUGAAAUGGAAGAAAACAUGGUGGAGUGGCUCAGAGAUGUAGGAAUGCCCGCCGACUAUAUCAACAAACUAGCCCGUAUGUUCCAGGACAUAAAAGUCAGCAAUGAUUUGAACCAAGGAUUCAAGAAAGAAUACCAAAAUAAGGGUGAUAUUGCAGACUCGGUUAACAUUAAGAUACUGAACGCUGGUGCAUGGUCAAGAGCUUCAGAGAGAAUUCCUGUUUCUCUCCCAACCGACCUGGAAGACUAUAUUCCGGAGGUGGAAGAGUUCUAUAGGAGGAACCACAGUGGUCGCAAAUUGCAGUGGCAUCAUUUAAUGUCUAAUGGAGUUAUAACCUUCGCCAACAGGAUAGGAAAAUUCGACCUGGAAGUAACAACUUUUCAAAUGGCUGUUCUCUUCGCCUGGAAUGAACGACCGCAAGAGAAGAUUUCCUUCGAGAAUUUAAGUCACUAGUUGCUUUCGCUAAGCUCAAGAGACAGAUUCUCUUAUGUCAACCGGAAGCCAAGUCCCCAAAGGAUUUCACGGACAGUUCGUUAUUCUGGGUCAAUCAGGAAUUCGCAGUGAUAAAAAAUAGCAAAGUCCAGAAAAGAGGUAAAGUGAAUCUCAUAGGCCGCCUACAGCUGUCGACAGAGAAAGCAAAACAAGAGGAGAAUGAUGGUAUUGUCGCGCUGAGAAUACUUAGAAUACAGGAAGCGAUUGUGAAGAUCAUGAAAAUGAGAAAGAGAAUAACAAACGCCGCUCUACAGACAGAAUUGGUUGAAAUUCUUAAAAACAUGUUCAUCCCCCAAAAGAAGAUGAUAAAGGAACAGAUCGAGUGGCUUAUAGAUCACAAGUAUCUCCGACGAGAUGAGGAGGACAUAAACACAUUCUUAUACGUGGUAUAACCACGGAUGGAGAAAAUGUUUUCAGACUGUCCAACUUCAAGUCCAUCUCAUGCUUAAAGCCACCGUUCACCUUGACCUACGGUUGACUUAAAGACCACUGGUCAAAAGGAAUACAGGUUUUAAAUUAAGAUUGCUGUCCGGCUGUUCCAAGAUCUUACCUUUGGAGAUCUCUUUUUUUUGUUUGUUUGUUUGUUUUUUUUUUUCAUAGUUUUAUCUCUUAAGAAAGUACAGGAAUAGGCGGUCUUGGAGAAGCCCGAUGCGUAUGUUACUAUAAGGAAAAGUGUGAAUCCUAUGAUGCAAACAUGUUUAUUUAUUUUCAUGCAAAUGACAUUCUCUGUCGCAGGAUAGAUUUUGCUCUUGGCCGCAUUUUACAAAUGAAAGGAGAUUGUAAACUGGCAGUGGCCUUUUGCCAUAUGCUUGGAGAAAUUUAGUUGAAAUACUCAGUUUUCCAUAAUGUCUUCCAACACUAUUUCAAAAAGUAAAUGAUAUGAUUUUUCUAUUCUUUUUAGGGAAUCUUAAAUAAUAAAAACAUUCACGACAAGUGAAAAACGAACAACAAACAAACAAAAAAACAAAGGGUGUCGGUGUUGUUUAUUGAGAAGGAGUUUACUCUGAUCUACAAGUCAAUACACCGAAUUGAAAUAUGGCGUCCAAUUUGAAUUACCAUUGUUCUGGACUUACUAGCCUCGUCUUCACGUAGAAAACACAAAAGCAUUAUCACGUGUGAGAGGCUAGUAAGUCCAGAACAAUGGCAGUUCAAAUUGGACGCCAUAUUUCGAUUCGGUGUAUGCCAUUAUUUUCCUGUAAUUAACAGAAAGGAAACCUCAGAUACCGUGUAACUCGAUGGAGUAGGAAAAAAAAAACAAACAAACAAAUAAGUAAAUAAAAACAUGAGAGAAAGUAGAAGACCAAUCUGUAAAGACGAUGGGUCAUUUAUGAAGAAAAGAGUUUUCGUGAAGUUUAUGAAAAUAAAAAGCAUUUUCGGAAA